UCAAUUAAAAUCUAUCCAGGUGCCAGAACUAAACGACUGUGAGCAAAAGAAGGAAGCGUUCAUGCAAUACAAGGCGUUCUCCAAGGUGAUCAAGGAUUACGAAGACCAGAAGUACAAGGACUGGGUGGGCCCGGCGGCCGAGUUCGUUGAUAAUAUGAUGAAGAAGAACGUGCUUAGGGUCGAGUUUAAGAAGGAACCCGCGGCACCCACUACAACGACAGGUCGUGGUAUGGAACUGACGGCCGCGGGGAAAGCUCACGUGGAACGCAAGAAGAAGGCUGCUGGGUCCAAUGUGUCUUUGUUACCCGUUGAUAUUGUUAACAAGGAGUUAGCUGAUAAACGGCGCAGGGAUAAGGCUUUAAUGCUAAUGAGGAUACCUGGCCAGCAUUACGAGAAUGUCAGAUCACCCAGCUCCACGUCUUUGCUGGCUAAAGAAGGCCUGACGGAUGUAACCUGGCGCGACCUGACAGUACACAAGCUGAUACAGGAGUACCAACUCACCUUCCAGCCGAACUUCAAUAAACAGAUAUUCCUGGUUAUUCAUGAAGCUGAGCUCUUGGAACAACUUGGCUACGACCUCCCCGCAACAAUCCGCGACGUGGCAAUGCAGAAGUCCCGGCUAUACUAUGAGCUGGAAGCGCUAGAGAGUGUUAUAGCCAAGUACAAUAAGAACACCUCAGCUCUGAGCCCCUCUGAGACGCAUCUCAUGAAGAAACACUUCUUGGACAUGGAGCGACAUAUACUGCCCGGUCUGACGAGAGUCACGUGGACUGCGCUCGGUAUUGGCGACUAUAUUAAGGAUAUUACUAAAGGUGAAAAUUCCCUACAAGCGGUGUACAAGCAACUGAAGAUGGUGGAAAAGGAGGUUCAGUUCUUAGUGGACCAACUGGAAGCCUUCGACCUGUUCCCGGUGUUGAAGCCCAAGAACUACCUCGACCCUAAGACUGGCGAGCCUGAUUCCACCUGGUUAUAUCCUUGUAAGGCGUACUUUGUAGAAGUGGAAAAUGAGCGCCUAGAGCGCAUAGCAGUUCUCUCCCGUAUCUACGACCGCAUCGGUCCCAUACUGAUGAAGCUGGAGUACCUGAUCCUGGGCACCAGUACCGGCACCUCGCCUGUUAUGACCGCCUACUAUGCCCACUGGGAGAAGAAGAUCUUUAUGUGUCUUGUCAGAUUAACCCUAGAGAACUUGGAAGACUUCCAGCAAAUGUUGAGCGAGAAAGAGCCGAUGUUUCAAGUGGACGCCAUACUGGUGCCGCCCGACAUCGCCAUGCGGCCCACGCAAACCGAGGUCUGCAACAUACUCGGAUACGACGUCAAACAUUUUCUUAACAGGAUGACAGCAUUUUCUCGUUGGAUGAAGAAGACCUGCCUCCCUUGCCCCCCACAGCGUAUAGAGGAGGCGACGGGCAACGAGUUCUAUACAUUCUCCUUCUUUGAAGAUAUACUACGGGUAGCAGCCAUCAAUGACAUCACGCUGCUCAUACAGGACACCAUCUUCAGACUUACUACUGAUAUUUAUACUUAUAUUGUCAAAUGGCAAAAAUACGCCCACCUUUGGUCGUACGACAAGCACUUAUCAUGCGAGAAAUACAUACAGAAAUACGACCAAAUCUUUAAAUAUGAUGAGAAAUUCUUCUUUUUCGAAGACAUUAUAAAUGAUUUAGAUGAACAUGUGAAGUUUGUGGACAUUGGAGCCAUUAGGGUCAAUUUAAGGCCUGUGAUACAGCAGGUACAGGACCAUGCGCAGGAGUGGAAGAAUAUACUUGGAGAUUGUAUUGCGUUGAAAACUAGGACCAAUAUGUAUGAAUUGAAGAAUCAAAUUGAUAAUCUCCGCAUGACGGUGAACAUGAACAUCAAAGGUCUGGAGGACUUCAAGCUGGUGAUGGCCACCAUCACGCUGGUGCAGCAGAUGACCAUCACCGCCGAAUGCAAGUACAAGAACAUGCAGGAGAUAUUCCACAUGCUUCGACAGCAUAAUAUUGAUGUAUCGGAAGACGAUCUUAUCUUCGCUAAAAACUUGGAAUCAGCCUGGGGCAGCCUGUACCAAACGACGCUGUUCCGUGCAGCGACUCUAGAGAAGACUAAAGAAAAGUUCUCAAAGAUGAACGUUAUAGAGAUAGCGAACUUCUUGAGAGAACUCGACGAGUUCGUGGAGAAGUUCGAUGCUGAGGGACCGGGGACCGUUGGAGACGAUAUGGACAGAGGCUUGUUGCUUAUUGAGGAAUACACAAAAUACUUCGAUGAGUUUGAAAAUCGUAAGAAGUUAUUGCAAGCUGCGGAACAACUUUUCGACAAUCCUUUAGCGGACUUCUCGAACUUUAACCGCGCGAGGACAGACUUCAGUUAUAUGGAGCAGAUAUACAAGAUAUACAAAGCACAGAAAUACGCCAGGGAGAUAUGGUCCAAGACCCUAUGGACCAACCUGAACCCACAGGCCCUUGUGGAUGGUAUUGAGCAGUUCUUCAAGGAAUUCAGAAAACUGCCGAAAAUCAUUCGUCAGACUCCAAGCGGUCAGAUGCUGGACCUGAAGAUGAGGCAGUUCAAGAAUGUGGUGCCGUUGAUGGUGUCCCUCAAGAACGAAGCCAUGCGCGAGAGACAUUGGAAGGAACUCAUGAAGAAGACUGGUCAGGAUUUCGACAUGUCCCCGGACCGCUUCACGUUGGAGAACAUGUUCGCAAUGGAACUGCAUAAGUACCAAGAUGUAGCUGAGGAGAUUGUCAACCAUGCUAUCAAAGAACUAGCGAUAGAACGCGGCGUGAAAGACAUACAGGAUACGUGGGCUAGCAUAGCGUUCACGGUGGCGCGCCACUUCAACCGCGGCGAGGACCGCGGGUACACGCUCAACCCGUGCGACGAGAUCUCCGUCAAGCUGGACGAUGAUGCCAUGACGCUGCAGAGCAUGGCUGCUUCACAAUUCAUCGGUCCAUUCCUCUCCGUGGUACAUACAUGGGAGCGACGCCUGUCUCUCAUAUCAGAGGUUAUUGAGGAGUGGAUGGCUACGCAACGCAAGUGGCUCUACCUGGAGGGUAUCUUCGUAGGCGGGGAUAUACGCACGCAACUGCCCGAGGAAGCCAAGAAGUUUGAUGAUAUUGAUAGGUCUUUUAGGAAGAUCAUGUUGGAUACGGCUAAGAGGCUGAAUGUGGUCGACUGCUGUACCAUUAGCGGUAGGCUGGAGGAGUUCGUUAACCUCGGCAUUGGACUGCAAAAGUGUCAAAAGUCCCUGAACGACUACUUGGACUCCAAACGACGUAUAUUUCCGCGAUUCUUCUUCAUAUCGACGGACGAACUGCUCUCUAUUCUUGGAAGCAGCGAGUGUAGUUGUGUACAGGAACAUAUGAUCAAAAUGUUCGACAAUAUCCGAUCAUUGGAGCUAUAUGUUGACCACACUAACCGUCCCGUGGCUGCCAAAAUGAUAUCCGCUGAAGCUGAGAUAAUGGAUUUCCGUAAUGUAGUAUAUACAGAGGGCCGCGUAGAAGACUGGAUGAACCUCGUACUGAGGGAAAUGAUGAAUAGCAAUAAGUUCAUCACCAAGAAGGCUAUCUUCUACUACGGUAGGAACUGGAAGGUUCCGAGGACGGAAUGGAUCCUCCAGUACCAAGGCAUGGUGUGUCUCGCCGCUAACGGAGUGUGGUGGACUGCGGAGACUGAGGAGACGUUCAUCCGUAUCCGCAAGGGGAACAAGCGCGCCAUGAAGGAACAUUUAGCGCAGCAGAACGAACAGCUUGAUGGAUUGGUCGUUAAAGUCAGACAGGACCUAUCGUCAAACGACCGGCUCAAGUUCCGCACGAUCACGACAAUAGACGUGCACGCGCGUGACAUCAUCGAGGGGUUCGUGCGUGACAACGUGACGGACGCCAGCGAGUUCGAGUGGGAGAGCCAGCUCCGGUUCUACUGGCUGAAGAAGGAUGAUGGGCUGUGGAUCAGGCAGUGCACAGGCGUCUUCGAGUACGGUUACGAGUACAUGGGUCUGAAUGGUCGGCUGGUGAUCACGCCACUGACCGACAGAAUCUACCUCACCAUCACACAGGCUCUUACCAUGCAACUGGGGGGAGCUCCUGCAGGUCCCGCGGGUACAGGCAAGACAGAAACAACGAAGGACUUAGCCAAAGCCAUGGGUCUACUAUGCGUGGUGACCAAUUGCGGAGAAGGCAUGGACUUCCGCGCAGUGGGACAGAUCCUCGCCGGGCUCUGCCAGUGUGGAGCCUGGGGCUGCUUCGAUGAGUUCAACAGAAUCGAUAUAUCUGUGCUUAGCGUCAUAUCUUCCCAGCUGCAGUGCAUCAGAAGCGCGCUGUUAAUGAAGCUGAAGAGGUUUACUUUUGAAGGUCAAGAAAUAGCGAUGGACAGCAAAGUGGGUAUCUUCAUCACCAUGAACCCUGGGUACGCGGGGCGCACGGAGUUGCCGGAGUCUGUGAAGGCAUUGUUCAGGCCGGUCGUCUGCAUCCUGCCCGACCUGGAGCUCAUCUGCCAGAUCUCACUGUUCUCUGAUGGAUUUCUUACUGCUAAGGUGCUAGCAAAGAAGAUGACAGUGCUGUACCACGUGGCGCAGCAACAACUGUCGAAGCAGUCGCACUACGACUGGGGCCUGCGGGCCCUCACGGCAGUGCUGCGGAUGGCGGGGAAACUGCGCAGGGACUCGCCCGGGCUCAGUGAGAUUAUGGUGCUUAUGAGGGCACUCAGGGACAUGAACAAUCCAAAGUUCGUGUUUGAAGACGUGCCAUUGUUCCUGGGUCUGAUCAAGGAUCUGUUCCCUGGGCUGGAGUGUCCACGCGUGGGCUACCCAGACUUCAACGCUGCGGUCACUGAAGUACUGGAGAGAGACGGCUAUAUCGUGCUGGCUCAUCAAGUGGACAAAGUGGUACAGCUGUACGAGACGAUGAUGACCCGCCACUGCACCAUGCUGGUGGGUCCCACGGGUGGGGGCAAGACCGUCAUACUGCACACUAUCGUCAAGUCGCAGACACUGAUGGGGCUGCCUACUAAACUUACUGUGCUCAAUCCUAAGGCAUGUUCAGUAAUAGAACUGUAUGGAAUUUUGGAUCCUGUUACCAGAGACUGGACUGACGGUUUAUACUCCAAAAUAUUCCGAGAAAUGAACAGACCAGCAGAAAAAGAUGAACGUCGCUAUUCCUUAUUCGACGGUGACGUAGACGCCCUAUGGAUUGAGAACAUGAACUCCGUAAUGGAUGACAAUAAGCUGCUCACCUUGGCCAAUGGCGAGAGGAUACGUCUAGCCCCAUACUGUUCCCUACUCUUCGAAGUGGGGGACCUGAACUAUGCGUCCCCUGCUACCGUGUCUAGAGCCGGCAUGGUGUUUGUGGAUCCUAAGAAUUUGGGAUACCAACCGUAUUGGGACAGAUGGCUGCGCUGUCGCAACAACGAAGAAGAGCGUGAGCAAUUGAACGGCAUGUUCGACCACUACGUGACGGGCGCCAUCAACUACAUCAUCUUCGGCAUGUUCGGGCUGCAGCAACAGACUCCGCUCAAGACUAUCGUACCACAGACUCCACUAAACCUGGUGGUGCAGUUAUGCUACAUGAUAAGCGGGCUGCUACCGAAUAGGGAGGACGCUAAUGAAGAAAUUGAUAGGACGGUCGUCGAAUGCGUGUUCAUGGUGUCAAUGUACAACAGCCUUGGGGCCACUAUCAUAGACGAUGGUCGUUUCGACUUCGACGUAUACAUCAAGAAAGCGUGCCCAAUGAUGCUCGUAGAAGAUGUACUGGAGAAGAAGGCUACGACAAAACACUUCCCAAUGGGCUUCCCGACUCUAUACGACUAUUGUCUGGAACUUACCACCAAGACCUGGGAGGCGUGGGAGUGGCUGGUACCUGAGUAUAUCCACGAUAGGGAGAUGAAGUUCCCAGCUAUACUGGUGCCCACCGUGGACACACUACGACUGACCUGGCUCAUCAAGAUCAUGGAGGGCGUUGAACGGCCCGUCCUACUGGUUGGUGAAACUGGGACAUCGAAAACUGCCAUAGUCACUAACUUCUUACGAGGAUUACCGCCUGAGAAAUAUUUGGUCCAACAAAUGAACUUCUCAUCUCGAACAUCGUCGAUGGACGUCCAGCGCAACUUGGAGUCGGUGGUAGAAAAGCGAACUAAGGACACAUUCGGCCCCCCAGUGGGGAAGAAGAUGCUGGUCUUCAUUGAUGAUAUGAAUAUGCCUAUUGUGGACAAGUAUGGUACUCAGCAGCCCAUAGCUCUGUUGAAGCUGCUAUUUGAAAGAAAAGGUUUCUACGACCGCGGCAAGGAUCUCAACUGGAAGAACAUCAAGGAUGUAGGGUUCCUCGCUGCUAUGGGGAAAGCCGGUGGUGGGAGAAAUGAUGUGGACCCUCGCUUCAUCUCGAUGUUCUCGGUAUACAACCUGCAGUUUCCGUCGGAGAACACACUACGUCACAUCUACACGUCCAUACUGAAGGGCCACUUCGACAUCUUCCCCGAGGAGAUACAGGCCAUCGUUGAUAAGAUUGUGCAGAUGACCUUAGAUCUGUAUAAGAUAUUAAUAGUGGACCUGCCGCCGACGCCGACGAAGUUCCACUACAUCUUCAACCUGCGCGACCUGUCCCGCAUCGCGGCCGGCAUGUGCCUCACGCACCCCAACUACUUCAGCGAGAAGCGCUGCGUCGUCAGGUGCUGGAGGAACGAGUUCACGCGGGUUAUCUGUGACAGACUGAUCAGUGUACAGGACAACGACCUAAUGCGCGGUCACAUCCGCGAGCAAGUGGUGAAGUACUUCCCGGAGGAGGAGCCGGUCGUACUUGAGGAGAUCGUCGUGCCGGAGGAGGAAAUCAGGAAUGAGGAGGAUGAGGAAGCUGACGAAUUCGGCAUGAUACCGGAACAGAAGCCGGAGCCAGAGAUGGCUGUGCCAGAAAUGGUUGAAGAAGAGGAAGAGAUCGAGCCUGAACAUGAAUAUACGUUGGAAGAGUACGUGUUCCGCGACCCGCUUCUAUUCGGAGACUACCGCAACGCUCUAGACGAGGAGGAGAUCAGAUACUAUGAAGAUCUGCUCGACUAUGAAGCUGUUUACUUCUUGUUCCAAGAGAUCCUGGACGACUACAACGACCGUAUCGGCAAGAUGUCGGUGGUCCUGUUCGAGGACUGCCUGGAACAUUUAACGCGCACGCACCGCAUCCUGCGCAUGGACCGCGGGAACGCGCUCAUUAUCGGCGUCGGCGGGUCGGGCAAGAAGUCCAUCUGUAGACUCGCUUCUUUUGCUGCUGGAUGCGAUAUAUUCGAGAUCGUAAUAACGCGUAAUUACAACGAGAACACGUUCAAAGAUGACAUGAAGAGGUUAUACAACGCGCUCGGCUGCGAUAAUAAGAAAACUGUCUUCCUGUUCACUGCAGCACAGAUCAUUGAAGAAGGUUUCCUGGAGUUCAUCAACAAUAUCUUGAUGAUCGGAAUGAUUCCCGCUUUGUUCGGCGAUGACGAGAAGGACGCCAUCAUUAAUACUGUCCGCAGUGCCAGUGACGAAGCCGGAUAUGGAGUCGGCAAGGAUUCUGUGUGGCACUUCUUCUGCUCGAGAUGUGCUGAGAACCUUCACGUUGUACUGUCCAUGUCUCCUAGCGGUGACAUAUUGAGGAACAGGUGCCGUAGUUUCCCCGGGCUAGUGAACAAUACCACGAUCGACUGGCAGUUCCCGUGGCCCAAGCAGGCGUUGUUAGCCGUCGCCAAUGUAUUCCUCGCUGACGUCGAGAAAAUCCCGGAAGAGUUUCGUCCAAUAAUAGUAGAGCACGUGGUCCACGUCCACAUGACGGUGGCGCACUACUCGCAGGAGUUCCUGCUGCGUCUGCGCAGGAACAACUACGUCACGCCCAAACAUUACAUGGACUUCCUCACUAACUACUUGUCCUUGCUCAAGGAGAAAGAUGCCUUUAUUGUUGCUCAGUGCGAGCGUCUCAUCGGUGGAUUGGCUAAGAUUGAAGAAGCCAAUGUUCAGCUCGAAGACUUGAACGCUAAGUUGGCUGUACAGAAAGUUAUUGUAGCUGAACAGACGAAAGAAUGCGAGACCUUGCUCAAGGAGAUCUCCAAAGCUACAACGGCAGCGACAGCGAAGCAAACAGUAGCGUCCAUAAAGUCAGCAGAGAUCACGGAGCAGAGCAAAAUAAUAUCCGAAGAGAAGGCGGAAGCCGAGGAAGUAUUGUCAGCGGCGCUGCCGGCCUUGGAAGCUGCCAGGCUGGCUCUGGCCGACCUUGACAAGAACGAUAUCACUGAGAUCCGGUCUUUUGCCACGCCACCUGAGGCUGUGCAGAUAGUCUGCGAAUGUGUAGCAAUAAUCCGAGGAGUGAAGGACAUAAGUUGGAAGGGGGCCAAGGGUAUGAUGGCGGACCCCAACUUCCUCCGCAACCUGCAGGAGAUGAACUGCGACCUCAUCACGCAAGGACAGGUCAAGGCAGUCAAGACGCAUAUGAAGAAGAGCAAGAAACUUGAUACCAUGCAACAAGUCAGUAAAGCUGGCUACGGUCUACUAAAGUUCGUAAUCGCCGUGCUUGCCUACUGCGCUGUUUACAAAGAAGUGAAGCCAAAGAAAGACAAAGUGGAGGCUCUAGAGAAGGAAUACACCGAGGCGUGUAAUUACUUGGCGUCAUUGAACCGCGAGAUAGAUCGGUUGCAGCGCACGCUCGACGGCCUCAACCGCAAGUACGAGACGGCCAUGCUGAGGAGGCAGGAACUGCAGGAGGAAACUGAUAUCAUGAUGCGACGGUUGGUCGCCGCAGACAAGCUGAUGUCAGGUCUAUCAAGCGAACAGAAGCGUUGGACAGAAGACUUGGCAGCGCUAUACGUGGAACAAUCACGUUUGAUCGGCAACUGUCUGCUAUCAGCUUCGUUCUUGAGCUACGCCGGCCCCUUCUCCUUCUCCUUUAGACAGACCAUGAUAUAUGAGGACUGGUUGGGCGAUGUCCUCGAACGAGGGAUCCCAUUGACUACCCCGUUCACUAUCGAGAAGAAUUUGACUAAUGAAGUUGAGAUUAGUGGUUGGAACUCCGAAGGUCUACCUCCAGAUGAGCUGUCAGUUCAGAACGGCAUCCUCACAACGAGGGCCUCCCGGUUUCCCCUCUGUAUCGACCCUCAAACACAAGCCCUCUCGUGGAUCAAGAGGAAGGAGGCUAAAAAUAAUCUUAAGGUGCUAUCAUUCAACGACCCGCAGUUCCUGCGCCAGCUGUUACUAUUAUUUUCAAAAACAUACGGCAUUGCCCCGGAGAGCGGUCGUACAUUCGUGAUGUUGGGCAGUUCAGAAGUGGACUACGACCCCCACUUCCGCAUGUACCUCACCACCAAGCUGUCCAACCCGCAGUUCAACCCCGCCACCUACUCCAAGGCCGUCGUCAUCAACUACACCGUCACUGUGCAGGGUCUAGAAGACCAACUCCUCAGCGUAGUCGUACGUGCCGAGCGAGCAGACUUGGAGGAACAGCGUGAGAAUCUCAUCAUAGAGACCAGUGCCAACAAGAGUCUACUGUCAGGGCUGGAAGACUCGUUACUGAGAGAACUCGCCACUUCCACUGGCAACAUGUUGGACAAUGUGGAGCUCGUCAACACCUUGGAGAAUACUAAGGCCAAAGCUGCUGAGGUGAUGGAAAAACUGCAGCUAGCACUGGUAACGACGCAGGAUAUCGAAAUACUCCGCGAUGGAUACCGACCCGUGGCGAAACGCGGCUCCAUUCUAUUCUUCGUGCUAUCAGACAUGGCUGGCGUCAACGCCAUGUAUCAGUACUCGCUGUCUUCUUAUUUAGAUGUGUUUUCUUUCUCGCUGCGCAAAGCGAUGCCGAAUGUAAUUCUGACGAAACGGUUGAGGAACAUCAUUGAUAUGCUGACCAAGAAUGUUUAUGACUACGGAUGUACAGGAAUAUUCGAACGCCACAAACUACUGUUUUCGUUCCAAAUGAACAUAAAGCUGGAACAGAGUGAGAACCGCGUCACGCAGAUGCAGCUCGACUUCUUCAUCAAGGGGAACAUCUCCAUUGAGAAGUCAGCGCGACUGUCCCCCGCUGCCUGGAUACCUUCACAGGGCUGGCAAGAUAUAAUGAAGCUGAGCUUGGACUUCCAGAACUCGUUCAGUGCUCUGCCAGACAACAUCAGUAGGAAACUGAAUGAUUGGCAAGAGUGGUUCGACAGCGACACUCCAGAAGCGAACGAGAUCCCGAACAACUACCGCGAGAAGUUGCAACCGUUCGAGAUACUGAUGCUGCUGCGGUGCUUCCGCGUGGACCGCAUCUACCGCGCGCUCACCGACUACAUCACCGUCACCAUGGGGGAGGAGUACAUCACGCCGCCUGUUAUCAGUUUGGACAUGAUAUUCGAGCAAACGACUCCAUUUACUCCGGUAGUCUUCAUCCUAAGCCCGGGUUCAGAUCCUACAGCUGAUCUGAUGAAACUGGCUGAUAGAUGCGGCUUCGGAGGCGGCAAGUUCAAGUACCUGUCUCUAGGGCAGGGGCAGGAAGGGACGGCCCUAGCCCUACUAGAAGGCGCGAUAUCCCACGGACAAUGGCUGAUACUCCAGAACUGCCACUUACUUGUGUCAUUCCUCCGUGAGUUGGAGAAACAACUGGAACUGAUGACGAAGCCGCACCCCGAGUACAGGCUGUGGCUCACCACCGACCCAACCCCUACGUUCCCUAUUGGAAUAUUGCAGAGAUCACUUAAAGUGGUAACGGAGCCGCCCAACGGUUUGAAGCUGAACCUCCGCAACACAUACUUCAAGAUGCGCAGCCAUGCACUGGAGGAGUGCAUACACCCACAGUUCAAGAAGUUGGUUUACGUACUCGCUUUCUUCCACGCUGUCGUACAGGAGCGCCGCAAAUACGACAAGAUCGGCUGGAAUAUAUCGUACGACUUCAGCGAGUCGGACUUCGUGGUGUGCAUGCAGAUACUGCAGUGUUACCUCGACCGGUGCUACGCCGUGCGGGGACCCACGCCCUGGGCCACGCUCAAAUAUCUCUUUGGAGAGGUAAUGUACGGCGGGCGUGUGAUAGACGACUACGACCGUCGCGUGGUGGGCACCUACAUGGAGGAAUACCUCGGCGACUUCCUGUUCGACAAGUUCCAGCCGUUCCACUUCUACUGCGACAGCCUCUUCGAUUACAUCAUCCCGCCUGAUGGGGAGAAGGAGCAGUAUAUUGAGUUCAUAGACACCCUGCCCCUUGUGAACACGCCGGAGGUGUUCGGGUUGCACCCUAACGCGGAGAUCGGGUACUUCAGCCAGGCCGUGCGCGAGAUGUGGGGACAUCUCAUCGAGCUACAACCGCAAACCAGUGAGAGCGGUGGUGCGAUGAGUCGGGAAGAUUUCAUCGACAUCACGGCUCUGGACGUGUUGUCCAAGCUGCCGCAGCCGUUCGAGAUCUGGCGCGUGCGGAAACAGUUCGAGAUGAACAUCACACCCACACUUGUCGUGCUACUACAGGAACUAGAGAGAUUCAACCGCCUAAUCCUUCGAAUGCGCUCAACUCUAACGCUGCUACGGAAAGCAUUGGCCGGAGAGAUCGGCAUGGACGCGGUACUAGACAACGUGUCGUACUGCAUGUUCAACGGACAACUGCCACAGGUGUGGCGGAGCCUCGCCCCCGCCACUUGUAAGGGGUUAGGAGGGUGGAUGGACCACUUCAUUGCCAGGACUAAGCAGUAUACUGAUUGGGCUACAAUGGAGGAGCCGGUGGUAAUAUGGCUGUCAGGGCUGCACAUCCCGGAGUCGUACCUGAUAGCCCACAUCCAGAUCGCGUGCCGCCUGUACACCUGGCCGCUCGACCGCUCCACGCAGUUCACCAGGGUCACCGGCUGGGUCUCCGCUGAUGAAAUCGAGGAGAGACCUGUUACGGGUUGCUACGUCCGAGGUCUGUACUUGGAAGGUGCGCGAUGGGACCUCGAAGAUAAAUGCCUGAGACGCUCCCACCCCAAGGUGCUGGUCACCGAGCUACCCAUCAUGUACGUCAUACCUAUUGAGGCGCACAAACUCAAGUUACAGAACACCCUACGUUCUCCUGUUUACACGACAUCGCAACGCCGCAACGCAAUGGGGGUCGGCCUAGUCUUCAACUCCGACCUAUGGACAGCCGAGCAUCCUAGCCAUUGGAUCUUACAAGGCGUUUGCCUCAUUAUGAACACCGACUAAUUGACGUUUACUUUAGAGUGGCGCUAGUGUUGUAAAUGGUCGUUUAGGGCCUAGACAGACGAAUAGCAUAGUACAUACAUUCCUGCCAGCAAACUAAUGCCUUUUGGGAUAUAAAAGGCGUGAUAAUAUGUUAUAAACUAAUAUUAUGUUGAUGCUAUAUUGUAGACAAUGUUAAGGAAUGUAGAACUAUUGGCUCUAGUUGGUUUGGCUCAAAAAACUCUAGGACAUUGUCAGCCUAGGCAGUGAGAAGCGAGGACAGUCAAUGCGGUAUUCUCACAAACCUGUGUGUUUAACAAUACUCCGUGAAUACUCCUUUGUGACGUCAUUUGAGUAUUAAUAACAAACCACUGCCUCAUACAAGAAUCUAGUCAGGGAAGCUACCUGUUUUUUAGAAUUAUGUUGUGUCAUUAUAAGGUUUUUAAUUAGAUGUUAAUUUUUAAAUAAAGACUGAUUAGAAUA